CGGCCGAAUCGCUGUAUGGCGGGUUCGAGACCCGCCUCCUGGCUCGCCUCUGGCCCCUGAGUCCUGGGCGGGGUGUGUUCGCCGGGUACCCUGUCUUCGGCGAGGGGCGGCAGCACGCCUUGUGCUUCACAAUGGAGGCCUACCUGCAGGGUUGUCGAGCUUCUCUGCAGGAGUCGCGCCCUCUACAUGUUGUCUUGGGAAAUGAAGCCUGUGACUUGGACUCCAUGGUAUCUGCUCUUGCCCUGGCGCUUUACAUGACAAAGACAGCUGAAGCUGAGGAAAUCUUUAUACCAGUUUUAAAUAUAAAACGUUCUGAGCUCCCUCUGCGAGGCGACAAUGUCUUCUUUCUUCAGAAGGUUCACAUUCCCGAGACGGUCUUGAUUUUUCGGGAUGAGAUUGACCUCCACGCAUUACAUCGGGCUGGCCAACUCACCCUCAUCCUUGUUGACCAUCAUGUCUUACCCAAGAGUGACAGAGCUCUGGAGGAGGCGGUAGCAGAGGUGUUAGACCAUCGACCCAUUGACCAGAAACACUGCCCUCCUUGUCAUGUUUCAGUGGAACUGGUGGGAUCCUGUGCCACCCUGGUGACUGAGAGAAUCCUGCAGGGGGCACCAGAGAUCUUGGACAGGCAAACUGCAGUCCUUCUGCAUGGAACAAUCAUCCUGGACUGUGUCAAUAUGGAUCCUAAAAUUGGAAAGGCAACUCUGAAGGAUACAAAAUAUGUGGAAAAGUUGGAGGCUCUCUUUCCAGAUCUUCCCAAGAGAGAGGAUAUCUUUGAAUCCCUACAGAAAGCAAAGUUUGAUGUUUCAGGACUGACCACUGAGCAAAUGCUAAGAAAAGACCAGAAGACCAUUUAUAGACAAGGCACCAAAGUGGCCAUUAGUGCAGUAUACAUGGACUUGGAGGCUUUUCUGCAGCGAUCCAACCUUCUUACAGAGCUUAGUGCUUUCUGCCAGGCUCACAGCUAUGAUGCCCUGGUUGCCAUGACUAUCUUUUUCAAUGCUCACAAUGAGCCUGUGCGGCAGUUGGCUAUUUUCUGUCCUCAUAUGGCACUUCGAAUGUCGAUCUGUGGAGUCCUGGAGCGCUCGCACUCCCCAGCCCUGAAGCUGACCUCUCUCCCAAGCACCCACCCAAACCUCCAAGCCUAUCUUCAAGGCAACACACAGGUCUCUCGAAAGAAGCUUCUCCCUCUGCUCCAGGAAGCCCUGUCAGCAUACUUUGACUCCAUGAAGAUCCCUUCAGGACAGCCCGAGACAGCACCCGUGUCCAGAGAACAGAUGGACAAGGAAUUGGACAGGGCAUGUAGCACCCUGAUUUCUGGAUUGAGUCAAGAUGAAGAAGACCCUCCGCUGCCCCCCACACCCAUGAACAGCUUAGUGGAUGAGUGCCCUCUGGACCAGGGGCUGCCCAAGCUCUCUGCAGAGGCUGUCUUCGAGAAGUGCAGUCAGAUCUCGCUGUCCCAGUCUGCCAAUGCCUCUCCAUCAAGCAAGUGACUGGGGAGAGGAGGGCAAGAAAAGGAGGGGAGGGGGCUCAGCCCACCUCUGGUGCAUGUUUUGAGAUAUCUGGCAAGUUCAGCGAUGGUGUCUUUAUUGCUCUAGGAUCUAGUGUACUGUUCUUAUAAAACUGUGAGGAGAAAGAAGGGAAGGAAAGCAGCUGCUUUUAAGAAUGGCUUUCUGCCUUUUCCCUCCAAUCUGUAUCAAUCAAAUUUUAUUAUUUAAUUGUAUUAUUUAAAUCUGCACUGACUUUCCUCUAUUUUCCAGGGAUACAUUACAAUACACUCAACUGUCCUAACAGAGGGGACAAAAAGAAUGUAGACCCCAAAAGUGCCCUGAGUAAGGAUUGUAAACAGAACCAGUAUCUGUAAUAGAAUUCAGUGUUUGUUGCUGGUGUCCAUUAAUGCAUUUAUUC